CUUCAACAAAACCUUUGCAUCUACUUUUCAAAUGGUAAAGAAAAGAAUCAGCAACAAGAAUGAAGAGAAGGACGACCUUCUUGAUGCGAACUCCGGAGAGGAUGCAAUAACUUCGGAAUCAUCAACUAUAGCAUCUGCUGUUAGUAGUACAAUGCAACAACAACAAGUAGACAAUAACAAUAUGCAUCAUCGUAAACUUGCAUUGGAGGAGGAUGAAUCAUGCAAUACUAAUUCUCAUCAUCAUGCUAAUGAUUAUUCCAAGCAAGUAGUAGAAGAUUCAGAACAAGAAGGUACUUUGAAUGCACAAGGUGUGAAUGAUGAGACUGAUCAUGCACAAGUAGCAAUUUCUAAUAAUCAAAUACAGAAUGAAGUGACUAGUAAUGAAGUGAAUAUUCCUGAUGGCAUGACUAGAAAGCAAAGAAUUAUAAAUCACUUGAAAAUGGGAAAGAAUGAGCUGAUUCAAGUUUUAAAAUUAUGUUGGCCUGCUGUUGUGAUGAAUGUUUGUUUUCAAUUACUUGGUUUGGAAAGUUUGUCUUUUAUUGGACAUAUUACUUUGGAGGAUAAUGAAAUUCCAGGCAUUACUAAGGAUAAAGUUGGUGAAUUGUAUAUGGCAGCAGCAUCUUUGGGAAAUUCAUUCUUUUUCUGUCUUGGAUUUGUAAUUGUUGGAUUAAUUCAUGGUCAAGAUACACUCGUUUCACAGGCGGUUGGUGCUAAAAAUUUCAUUAGAGCUGGUCACGUUUUAGCACGAUCCCUACUUACCAUUCUAUUGUGUUCAAUUCCAAUUUGUGUAGCAUUGUGUUUUGCUAAUUAUUCUCUCUAUUGGAUGAAUCAGGAAAAAGUUUUGGUUGAUCUAGUUGGAAAUUAUUUAAGAAUUUUAACACCUGGUAUGAUUCCAUUUGUGGUUUGUGAGGCAUUGUCUCUGUAUUUAAUUGCUCAGAAUAUUUUAAUGCCAAAUGUCAUUAUUUGGAUUAUUUCUGUAAUUAUUAAUUUUGGAUUGAAUUGGUUAUUAGUUUUUGGAUUUGGAUUUGAUUCUCUUGGAUUUGUAGGAGCUCCAGUAGCAUUAACCAUUACAAGAUAUAUCAUGUUGGUCAUGUACAUUGUAUUUAUUUAUUUCAAAGGUUAUAUGAAAGAAACAUGGAAAGGAUUUAUUGAUAUUAAGGCUGUUUUUAAAUGGGAUGGAUUUAAGGAAUAUUUGAAAUUGGCUCUUCCAGGUUCUGUCAUGUUAGCAGCUGAGGUUUGGGGAUUUGAGUUAUCAACAAUUACUUCCUCCUUCUUAGGACCAACUGCAUUGGCAUCCCAUAGUAUUGUUCUUAAUAUUUGUGCCUUGACAUUUAUGGUUCCUUUAUCAAUCGCUACUGCAACAGCCAUCAAAAUUGGACAAUAUAUGGGUGGUAGAGAACCAAUCAAAGCCAAAUAUACAUCUUAUGCAUCAAUGGUCUUCUCAGGAUUAUUCAUGUUCUGUUCUGGAACUACAUUGGCCAUAUGUAGAGAGUGGAUUCCACAAAUUUACACACAAGAUGCUGAUAUUAUUUACAAUGCUUCCAUUAUCUUCCCAUUGUGUGCUCUCUUCCAAUUCUUUGAUGGUGUUCAAGCAAUUGCUGGAGCUACCAUUAGAGGUGUCGGCAAGCAAAUUGUUGGUGCUGCCAGUACUCUCAUUGCUUAUUACAUUAUUGGUUUACCUAUUGGAGCUGUAUUAGCCUUUGUUGCUGGUUGGGGACUUGUUGGUAUUUGGUCUGGAUUAGCCAUUGCUCUCUUCUCUGUAUUUGUUGGCAUGUUAUUGUUCAUUCGUUUUAGAAUUAAUUGGGAGAAGGAAGCAGAGGUUGCCUACAAUAGAGCAACAACAAAAACAUCAGAAGGAUCUUCAUCAGUAGAACUGGAAGCAACAGCAGCAGAUGAAUCAACAACAAGCAACAAGAUGAUGACAACACAAGUAGAAUUGGAGGAAGGAAGAGUGGAUGAAGAAAACAAGGCUGUUGUUAUUGAUGGUCAAGCAGAAGAUUCUAGUGUAUCGCCAUCUUUGGAAGAAGAUGAGGACUAUUCAAGAGUGAAUAGCAGAGUAAAUUUACUGCAGAGCACGAGCACAGUUGCGCUGGAGGAUGAAGAAUAACAUUUUUAUUUGAUUUUAAAA